GUUUAUUAUAGUUUUUUUUCGUAAAUCAGAUACCACGCACGAAGAUGCUAUCGUAUAUUCAGGGCUUGCUUCCUACCAGAGAAUCUUACCUUUAGCAAGCUUCAUUCAGGAUUACCAUUGCAGCCGAAUUUUGCUAUUUAUGUUAAAUCUUACAUUAUCAAAUUCUCUAUUAAGUCAUUCUUUUCUUCGACAUUGUAUUCCUCCAGCUGCCGCUGGCUUACGAUCUCUGAAAUGUCGCUUUUAUCAUAAAUCGCCGGCGCUUAGGUAUAUUGAUGCUUCUGCCCAAGUUGUGUCCCGAGGACCCGCUGCUGUUAGUAGCACAGGAGUCAUCAAUCACAACUCACCUGCGGCUCCUUUGCUAUCACAGGACGUACUGAUUGUUGAGCGGCAAUUGGAGAUGAUGAACGUAUUUCUUGGAUAUGAACAGGCCAAUCGAUAUGUAAUAUUAAACCAUCAGGGUCAACAUCUUGGCUAUAUAGCUGAAAAGGGACAUACUUCUUUUCUUUCUAGUAUGUCUCGGCAACUAUUCCGUACACAUCGUCCGUUCGUAGCGGAUGUGAUGGAUGUGCAUGGUAAUCCCAUAUUACAGUUACAAAGACCUUUUUCAUGGAUCAAUUCCCAUCUAAACGUGAGUGCAUUCAAUUAUUCUUCAGAUCAGCCAUCAUUAGUUGGCGAAAUUAUUCAAAAGUGGCACCCAUGGCGUCGUAAAUAUCAAUUGUUUUUAGCGCAGUCUGAUAUGUUAGAUCAAUUUGCUUCGGUUGAUGAGCGAGUUUUGAGCUGGGAUUUCUUGUUACGAAAUGCCGACAACCAAAUCCUUGGAAGCGUUACUCGUAACUUUAUGGGGUUGCCGAGAGAAUUCUUUACGGAUACAGGUAAUUAUGUCUUGCGGUUUACGUCCAAAGAUGCCAAUUUAGGUACUGUUGAAAAUAAUCAAUUACUUCAGGCUGCUGAAGGUGAUACUAGUCAAGUUUGUCCUCGCGAAAUGAGUUUGGAAGAACGAGCUGUUAUGCUUGGGUCUGCUGUGACUAUUGAUUUCGACUAUUUCAGCCGUACGAAUAGUCCUACGGCUGGCCUUACUUUUCCCAUUAUGUUCGGUUCGUCUUCUCCAGAAAAUGAUUACCAAUCGGAAGAUUUAUCUGCUCAGGAGAUAUUAAAAGAUGAACAAAAUCCAAGACAUUCGUCAAUUGAAAAUUCCAUGCCGGAACAAAAGUCUCCUUUUCUUUCCGAUGCUGACUUGGAUCAUCCCGGUGAUUUUUGGGACGUUUUUGAUAAGGAUGCGGAAGACAGAUGGUAAAUUGAAGAUGGCAUUUUGGUAUUGAAGAGCCACUUGCUGUUGUAUGUUAUGAUAAUUAUGAAUAUAAUAAUGCCUAAAAGAUAUGAGUUUAUAUAUAUAUAUAUAUAGAUAAAUUUGAUUAAGUUUGAUUUUUUUGGUAAGACUGUGUGCCUAGUUAGUCAAAAUAUAUAAAAAAUUAAUUGCAUUCAUUCAUCGG